AUGUCCUACCCUGGCAAAGAUGGGAAAGGCAGCACCACUCCCGUUUUUCUACUAGUUUUCUCCUGCCUGGUGCUGUCUGUCUUUUCGACCAUUGAUGAGUACCAGAACAGCUCAGAAGGGGCCCUAUACAUCCUGGAAAUCGUCACCAUCGUGGUGUUCGGGGUUGAAUAUUUCGUGAGGAUCUGGGCAGCUGGCUGCUGCUGCCGAUACCGGGGCUGGAGGGGAAGGUUAAAAUUUGCCCGCAAGCCUUUCUGUGUCAUCGACAUCAUGGUGCUGAUCGCAUCCAUCGCCGUGCUGGCGGCGGGGUCCCAAGGGAACGUCUUUGCCACCUCGGCCCUCAGGAGUUUGAGGUUCCUGCAGAUCCUGCGCAUGAUCCGCAUGGACCGGCGGGGCGGCACCUGGAAGCUCUUGGGCUCUGUGGUCUAUGCCCACAGUAAGGAGCUGAUUACUGCCUGGUAUAUUGGCUUCCUGUGCCUCAUUCUGGCCUCUUUCCUGGUAUACUUGGCCGAGAAAGGAGAAAAUGAGCACUUUGAUACAUAUGCAGAUGCACUCUGGUGGGGUCUGAUUACUCUGACCACCAUCGGCUACGGGGACAAGUACCCGCAGACCUGGAACGGGCGGCUGCUGGCAGCGACCUUCACGCUCAUCGGCGUCUCCUUCUUCGCCCUUCCUGCCGGCAUCUUGGGUUCGGGGUUUGCUCUGAAGGUUCAAGAGCAGCAUCGACAGAAACACUUUGAGAAGAGGCGAAACCCAGCAGCGGGCCUGAUUCAGGCGGCUUGGAGAUUUUAUGCCACCAACCUGUCCCGGACGGACCUGCACUCCACCUGGCAGUACUACGAACGCACCGUCACCGUCCCCAUGUACAGCACGCAAACGCAAACGUACGGUGCCUCCAGACUCAUCCCACCUCUGAACCAGCUGGAGCUCCUGAGGAACCUGAAGAGCAAAUCGGGACUGACAUUCAGGAAAGAGCAGCAGCCCGAACCAUCGCCAAGUAAAAGCAAACCGUGCAGAGAGUCACUAUGCGGAUGCUGCUCAGGAAACUCUAGUCAGAAGGUCAGUUUGAAAGAUCGUGUCUUCUCCAGUCCCCGCGGUGCUGGCACCAAAGGGAAAGGCUCUCCACAGGCUCAGGGCAUCAGGAGGUCCCCCAGCGCUGACCAGAGCAUCGAGGACAGCCCAAGCAAAGUGCCCAAGAGCUGGAGCUUCGGAGACCGCAGCCGAGCUCGGCAAGCUUUCCGCAUCAAGGGCGCGGCGUCCCGGCAGAACUCGGAAGAAGCGAGCCUCCCCGGAGAAGACAUUCCCGAUGAGAAUAAAAGCUGCAACUGCGAGUUUGUGACGGAAGAUUUGACACCAGGACUGAAAGUCAGCAUCAGGGCAGUGUGCAUUAUGAGAUUUCUUGUCUCCAAGCGCAAGUUUAAGGAGAGCCUUCGGCCCUACGACGUGAUGGAUGUCAUCGAGCAGUAUUCAGCCGGUCACCUGGACAUGCUCUCCCGGAUUAAAAACCUUCAGGCCAGAGUUGACCAGAUUGUUGGGAGAGGAUCCUCCAUGACCGACAAGGAUCGGACCAAAGGGCCAGCAGAGGGGGAGCUGCCCGAAGACCCCAGCAUGAUGGGCAGGCUUGGAAAAGUUGAAAAACAGGUUCAGUCAAUGGAGAAGAAGCUGGACUUCCUGGUGAACAUUUACAUGCAGCGGAUGGGCAUCCCACCAACGGAGACAGAGGCUUAUUUUGGGUCCAAAGAACCAGACCCAGCACCUCCCUACCACAGCCCCGAAGACAGCAGGGAGCACAUUGACAAGAACGGCUGCAUCAUCAAGAUCAUCAGGUCCACUAGCUCCAUGGGUCAGAAAAACUUCUCUGCCCCACCAGCCCCGACCAACACAUGCCCGCCCUCGACGUCAUGCCAGCAGCAGGUCUACCAGCGGCAAAGCCACGGCUCCUCGCCCGUUGGAGACCCCGGCUCGCUGGUCCGCAUCCCACCUCCGCCCUCCCACGAGCGCUCCUUGUCAGCCUACAGCGGUGGGCACAGGGCGAGCGCAGAGUACCUGAGGAAUGAAGACAUUACAACCAAACACCACGAGAGUGCCAUGAGAGACAGCGACACGUCCAUCUCCAUCCCCUCGGUAGACCACGAGGAACUGGAGCGUUCUUUCAGCGGCUUUAGCAUCUCCCAGUCCAAAGAAAAUUUGGACAUCCUUAACAACGGUUGCUAUGCAGCCGUGGCCAAAAUCAGACCCUACAUUGCAGAAGGGGAAUCAGACACCGAUUCUGACCUCUGCACGCCCUGUGGUCCUCCUCCCAGGUCGGCCACGGGCGAGGGACCCUUCAGUGACAUGGGCUGGUCAGCCCCCAGGCAGUGAAGCCUUCUUGCAGCCACCGAGCCACGUCCGAACGCUGGCAGCUGCCCGCUCCAGCUGUCCACGCGUUGAACUUCUCAAGGAGAUUGACAGCUAAGGUUUUCCUCCUUCUAGGACAUCCUUAGCUGGCAGAUAUUUUCUUGCAGCUUACUCUUGGAGGGGGGACCGAGCAGGUCUGAGCCUGCAUUUGUGGAAGAGGUCAUGGUGGUGAGCGAACUGGAGCUGUGAAGUCCAGAUUUCUUUCAUACUCUCUUUCUAAGAUCAUUACGUGAAAUUACUUACUUCAUGGUGCAGGGUAGGCAAUUUGCAUUUCUUGGGAAUCUUUAGAAGUGCAGGGCAGGAAUAAAUCACCCGGCCAGGGCUUUUGGAGGUCACAGUAACUGGUGGCUGACAAGCGUUAGGUGGGAAUUGCCACAUCAUGGCACUGGUGAUUACACCUUCAAGUAUUCUGGAGUUGUGGAGUGAACACGUGUCUGUGUCUGGCUUAGAUUUCAGGUCACGUGUAACUGUGGGGGUGUGGGGGUGGGGGUGUUGUUGCUCUGUGGUUCCUCAUUAACCAUCAGAAAGGUGGCAUAAUUCCAAUAUAAUACAUGGAAAUGUUGCGUAGGGCCCUGGAGGAGAGGGAUGGUGGCGGAAACAUUCGCAUGAACAGAAGACAUGGCCUCGUAGUAGGACAGGUUAGGAUACCUCUCUGAACCAGAACGGUUUGGAAGUUACCCUAUUUUAGGAAACGGAAAGACUCAGAAAUACGAGUUUGAGUGCAAGAAGAGGGACAAUCCAUAGAGCAGAGAAAUGAGACAGAGAAGGAGGACAAGAGAUUACAGGGCUGGAAUUUUGUGUUUUAAACCAUGUAUUAUAUUUAAUUAUCUCCCCUCCUGUUGAUAGCGGACCUGCGGGUGCUUUGGAUGCAACGGCAAACCAAAGGCAACCCCUCUGGAGGGCUGCCGUGGUGCGAAGCCAUUCUCGUGGCCAACAGUGGUGCUGUGGAGGCACAGCCACCAGGCCAAAGGGAGAGGGUGGAUGUGCAAGAUGCCGUGGUCCCCGCAUUGCUGCGAGUUAAGUGCUGAGCUCCAUCCCGGUGAAGCCCUGUUGGCCAGAGUGGGCACUUUUCUUACAGUUUGCAUUGUGCCUGAACACUUUUGCACACACUAUGCCCUGUGAAAAUCUUCCCUUUCUUCUUCUGCCCUGCCAAGAAUCUCACACCCACGUUCUCGGGAUGUCCUUCGGUUUUGUUUGGAUCCCUCAAGCUGAGUUAAGAGGUGCUUCUUCGUUUCUUCAUGGUCUUUCAGAAGCCUCUUACCUGGGCUUGCUCACAAGUCGUGCCAAUCCAAGUCUGCCCCGUUUCGUUGUUGUUGAAGUGCUUUUACUUGGAAAGAUCGUUGUGUCAUUACCAGGAACCUCAGCAGUGCAUUCAGCUGGGGGAAGGCGAGGGGAAAAGCGAUGCUCAGAGUUUCUUUUGGGACCAAAACAAAGCCACAAAGUGAUCCUUUAUGUGGAUAGGUUGAUGGGGUUAUUUUUUUCUGUGAGGGGGUGGAUCAGGAAAAGUUGUGUUUGGGAUCCAUCUCCAGGGCUGGGACACCACGGCCGGCAUUGUGCCUCUGAACCUGGCCAUGCAUCGACAGCCCAGAUCCCCCGUGUGCUUUCUGCUGGGGCUGUGAUUUCAAACCUCAUCUCUCCACAUUUUUCCUGUGUCAUAUCAAGAGCCUGUUAAGGAUAUUUAGGUGACAACUUCAUUUCUGUGUGGCCUUUGAGAGGUUGGAAGUGGCUCGGGGUGAAGGGAGAAUCACAGCCUUUCUCUCUCCUCCCGUUUGCUUGACCAGAGGCAGCAACCAGGGGAGACCCAGGACUGGUUUGGCCUUAGGGAAGAUGCGGGUGCAGUCUGACAGCUUGCAGACAGAAAAAUAAAACCAUCCUUUUGCUAGAGCUCAGGACCAACACGCAGGUCUUCACAUGGCACUGAGGCAUGGGGAAAGGCUCUGCACAAUUUUUCCUGCCAUUUUUCACCAUUCAGGAGGGGAAAUCUUU